CCUUUUCCAUCCGCGGCCGCCGGGUCGCACUAGCGGACAAUAACGCUACUGUGAACCGACGCUCACCUCCCGUUAUUCCUCACCAAAUACACGCAGAGCCGCGGAUGAGAGACAAGAGACGGGCUUCCCGGAGUUUGCGCGUUUAAAAAUACACAGGGACACAUUUCACUUAUUAGUUUUUAGGAAAUCAUUCUUUGCGUGGACACAGACAGCGAGGGACACGCACACACACACACACACACACACAAACACGCAGUCGCGCUCCCGGUGAAGUUUACAGACUGAAAGUCUCUUCUCUCGUGCGGAUUAACCGGGAUUCAAAUCACUGCGAGUCUGUGGGAGGCAAAGCGACGCGGUUUUGUUCUGAAGAAGGUUUCAACGCUUUAAAUGCAGACUGUCUCCACAGGCAUGUGGUAUGCCACUGGAUAACCAAGAGGACAGCAGCCUCCCGAACAUUAUAUGUCUGACAAAUGUGUUUUUGCAGUGCAGUGUGGGAUGGCCCUCAUCUUGACCCUGCUUCAGUCCCUCAUCCUGGGUGUUCUGGGGGUCCACAGCAGUUAUCCUCGCUUUUCCUCCAAUGACACAGUCUUCCAGCACCUGGCAUUGCACCUUGACCCCAGCAUAGGAACAGUCUACGUGGGGGCUCGGGACCAUCUGUUCCAGCUCGCUGGCCUUGAUGGCCUCCGUCUUGAAGUGGAUGAGAGAACCGGCCCCGUGAGAGACAGCAAGGACUGCCUGCCUCCGGUUACCCUGGAGAACUGCCCUCAGGCUGGGCUCGUUAACAAUCACAACAAGCUACUGUUAGUGGAUCCAUAUUCCCUCCAGCUCAUCACCUGUGGCAGCGUACACCAGGGCACUUGCCAGAAACGCAGCCUAGCCAAUGUGAAAGAAGUCCUCUUCUCUGCCGAGAGGCCUGUUGAUACACAAUAUGUGGCGGCUAACGACCCUACGGCGUCAACGGUUGGGCUUGUGGUGCGACCGCAAGACAAGGAUCCUGUCCUUUAUGUGGGACGAGGCUACACCAGCAGUCACCCGCCAGUCUCCACUCGACAACUUUCGACAGAGCCGGUGUUUUCCUACGAGGAAACGGCCAAGCUCGCUGUAACCGGGCGCCUCUCGGAGUACGAUCACAAUUUUGUCGCAACCUUUGCGCGACGCAACCACGUCUACUUUUUAUUCUACAGGCGUGACCUGAAAGCUGCAUCGAGGGAAUAUCGUACGUACGUGGCACGGGUGUGCUUGGACGAUCAGGCGUAUUACUCCUACGUUGAGGUUCCGCUAAUGUGUCGCUCGGCCUCAACAGGAAGGAACUACAAUUUCCUCCAGGGGGCGCAGGUGGGUGGCGAGGAAUCUGGAGGCUCGCAGGUUUUGAUGGGAGUCUUUUCAACGGCGGUUAGUGCUGCUAAUGGACCCGGCGAGGAAUCUGCAUUGUGUGUGUACUCUCUGGAUGAAGUGGACCGCGGUAUUGAUGCUACACGAGACCUGUGCUACACGCAAUACGGGGAGAAAGAUGGCAACAAGGUGGCAUACAUUGAGUAUGACGUUAAAUCCAACUGUGCCAACCUGCCUACAAACACCCUGAAGGCUUAUCCCUGUGGCUCGGAUCACACCCCGAGUCCAAUGGCGAGCCAGGAGUCGGUUGAAGCUGAAGCUGUAUUGGACAGCUCAUCCGCCCGUCUCACUGCAGUCGCCGUUAGUGUAAAGGAGGGGCACACUAUUGUUUUCUUGGGUGACUCCAAAGGCAAUUUGCAUAAGGUGUUCCUGGGUAACUCAGGAGAGGUGAAGAAGUACUCCACCCUUCUCAUCCAACCUGGUUUGGCCAUCAACAGUGACUUACUGCUGGAUUCCACCCAUAGACACAUCUACAUCAUGACCAGCCAUUCUGUGGAGAAGAGGCCUGUGGCAGAGUGUGACAAGCACACUGAUUGCACUUCCUGUCUGGCAGCGAAGGACCCAUACUGCGGUUGGUGUGUUCUUGAUGGCCGGUGUGGGAUGCGUUCAGACUGUAGGCUGGGCUCUGUUGAAGGUCAUUGGCUGUGGAGCUUUGAUGAGCAGCAGCAGUGCUUGAGAGUGGAGUCACUGAGCCAAUAUAACGCCAGCCUUGGAGAACAGAAACAGUAUGUGGGCACCACAGUCACCUGUGCCACUCCUGAGGCCCACAGACUUCCAGCAGUACCACAGGGAGAGGAUUCUGUGUCCAUCACGCUGUCCCUGCGCUUUCGGAUGGUCACCGUAGCGCUCGCAGACUUCACCUUCUACGACUGCUCUGUGGCGCAGCAGCUCUCUGGCACCAGGCCGUGUAGGGGCUGUGUGAACAGCCGCUGGAAAUGUAACUGGUGCGUCCACCAGCAUGUGUGCACUCACCGGUCCACGUGUGACCGUGGUGCGAUCAUCUACAACCAGCAUCAUUAUAUGAUUUCUGCUCCCACUACUCCAGAGCCCACCGCCGCCCCCACCACAACUCUGGAAACCACGACCCCACUCAACCAACCACCCACCACCCCCAACCACGCUACAGCCUCCUCUACGCACCCAUCCAGUGCCACUACAGAGUCAACCGAUACCAUCACAGAGGCCACGACCCUAUCGAAAAAUGCCUCUUGGGUGGAGGAGAGCAUCCAGGUAGGUUUGCUGUCAACACCGACCCCGCAAUCAUAUGAAGAACUUGUGGGAGGUUCGUUGCAUGAAGAGGCCGCUGAAGUGACGCUGCCCGCGUUGAGAGCUGGGGAAGUGGUGACGAUGGGGCCGUUGAUUGAAGCGCUGCCCUCAUCCUCCUCUGAAGUGGUUACCCUCUCGCAGGCGGAGAUGGAUGUAGAUGCACUUAUAGACACGGGCGUCCCUGUGUCGUCAGCCAGCGCCCCCUCUGGCGACGGUGAGGCAGGGCCUGAUUCAUCCGAUUUCCCCCUCGCUCCAGACACAGACUACCAGUCCGACUCAGCUGACCUUUUCCUCCUGGAAGAGGAGAGUUUACUCGUGAGCAGAGGUCCUCACGCCUGUCCGUGUGUGGAAGGCAUCCGGGGCAGCUCGCUCCUACCUGUCAAUGUCGAGAGGAAGAUCACACUGCUGGGACGCAACUUACACCUCUAUCAGGACAAAGAUCUUGAUUAUCAGUGUGUGUUGGUGAUUGAGGGCCGAUCGGUGGUGGUGGAUGCUUUUGUGGAAGUGGACGACACUCAGCCAUCUUUGUUCUUCAUUACCUGCCAGCUACACCAGUACUCUUACUCGGCUGCCGUGGAGGAAUACAGGAGCAUGAUCUCAGUCAGGAGGAGGGACUCUUUCCAGAUGGAUUACCCAGAGGACCUGCAUGUUUGGCUGUAUAACUGCUCCGUGGGCCGGUCCGACUGCAGUCGCUGUCACACGGCCGAUCAGCAGUACGGAUGUGUGUGGUGUGAAGGGUCUCGCUCCAGCUGCGUCUACAGGAGCUCCUGCACCGAGCACGUCCAGCAGACCUGUCCUGCUCCUCACAUACACACGAUUGAGCCUCUUUCUGGUCCAGUGGAGGGUGGCACAGUGCUCACCGUGUCUGGCUCUAAUCUGGGUCAGAGAGCUGAAGACAUCCAGCACUCUGUGACUGUAGCCGGAGUCCCCUGCACGGUCAUCCCCGACAGAUACGAGGUGUCCUCCAGUAUUGUUUGCGAGACCACAGUGAGCGCAGGGGAACAGAGCGGCCACGUCUCGGUUCAGGUUAAAGGCGGAGGAAUCGGGCAAUCUGCCCAGCGCUUCCGUUACCAGGACCCAGUGUUAUUGGGAGUGUCUCCACUGAAAGGCCCAAUGUCGGGCGGCACAUCACUCACCAUCACGGGACAGAACCUUCUGACGGGCCGUUCCAAAGAGAUCAGCAUCCUGAUUGGUGGAGUCCCAUGUUACAUUUCUCCCAAGCAGUACAACAACGAACAUGUAGAGUGUGUGACUGGAGGGAGUAACAGAACCGGAGAGAGCGGCGUUACAGUACGCUUUGGUAGAGCUGAGCGCCAUCUACAGGAAGUCUUCUAUCAAUACACCCCAGACCCCAAUGUAACCCAUGCUGCUCCCUCCAAAAGCUUCAUCAGCGGGGGCCGUAUCAUUCGAGUGUCUGGCCAGCAUCUGGACGUGGUACAGGAGCCUCGUAUCCACGUGACCCUGACCCCUCUGGAGCCGCACUCACAGAAGAGGAAGAGGAGGAGGAGGAAGAGCAGUGUGGAUUACAGUCUCCUCAGAAGAGCUCGGCGGAUCGUCCCAGAGCCCAACUGUCCUGAAGAUAGUCUCUGUGUCGUCAAACAGGUGGAGGAGCGGUGCACAGUGAACAGCUCAACUCUGAUCCUGUGUCCCACUCCGGAGGUGGGGCCCGAGGCCCUGCGUGCUGCUGUCAGUGUGCAUUUCCUCCUGGAUAACCUGCACUUUGAGUUUGAGAUGGUCAGCGGCAGCCCCUUCAGUUAUGAGCCCAAUCCUGUUCUUCAUAGCCUCAAUCAACAUGACCCCAGCAAACCCUUCAGACACAAACACGGCAGCAUCAUCUCUGUGGAGGGGGAGAAUCUGGACUUGGCCAUGUCUAAGGACGAGGUGGUUGCUCUGAUCGGUGAUGGAGAGUGUGCUGUGAAGACUUUAACCAGAAACCACCUGUACUGUGAGCCGCCGACACAGCAGCCAUCAGUGGCAGCGCUGAAGAGACGAGACGCCGCCGACACGCUCCUAGAGUUCACUGUGAGGAUGGGGAAUCUGAACUUUUCUCUGGGACGGGUGCAGUAUGAUUCUCAGGGCCCAGCUGCGUUCCCACUGGAGGCCCAGGUGGGAGUCGGGGUGGGAGCCUCCAUCGUGGCUCUUAUUGUGCUGGUUAUCGUACUCGUAUACAGGAGGAAAAGCAAGCAAGCACUGAGAGACUAUAAGAAAGUCCAGAUCCAACUGGAGAAUUUGGAGACGAGUGUCCGAGACCGCUGUAAAAAGGAGUUCACAGAUCUGAUGACUGAGAUGAUGGAUGUGUCCAGUGAUCUCAUGGGCUCUGGGAUUCCAGUCCUGGAUUAUCGUAAAUACUCCGAGAGGAUUUUCUUCCCUGGUCACCGUGAUUCUCCUCUGAGACGGGACCUUGACGUUCCCGCCUGUCGCCGGGCCACAGUGGAGCAAGGCCUGGUUCAGCUCUCUAACCUGCUAAACAGCAAACUGUUCCUCACCAAGUUCAUCCACACUCUGGAAGCCCAGCGGACCUUCUCUCCACGGGACAGGGCGUAUGUGGCCUCCCUCCUCACGGUGGCGCUGCACGGCAAGCUGGAGUAUUUCACCGACAUCCUAAAAACUCUGCUUAGUCACCUGGUGGAGCAGUACACCACUAAAAACCCCAAACUCAUGCUGCGCAGGACCGAGUCUGUGGUGGAGAAGCUGUUGACUAACUGGAUGUCCAUAUGUCUUUACACCUUCCUCAGGGACACAGCAGGUGAGGCGUUCUACAUGCUGUUCAAAGCCAUAAAGCACCAGGUGGAUAAAGGCCCAGUGGACGCCGUUACAGGCAAAGCCAAAUACACACUCAACGACAACCGACUGCUGCGGGAAGACGUGGAGUACCGCACACUGACUCUGAAUGUUCUGGUGAGCAGCGGAGGUGCUGGUGAGUCUCAGACGGUCCCCACUAAAGUGCUGGAUUGUGACACCAUCACACAGGUGAAGGAGAAGAUUGUGGAGCACACAUUGAAGGGCACGUCAUACUCCCAGAGACCCUCCGCAGACUCUGUGCAUCUGGAGUGGAGGGCGGGAAUGGCUGGUCAUUUGAUUUUGUCGGAUCAGGACUUGACAUCAGUGGUUCAGGGGUCCUGGAAACGCCUCAACACCUUACAACACUACAAGGUCCCAGAUGGAGCCACAGUAACACUGGUGUCACGACAAUCCAAACAAAUUCACCACGACAGCCAUGACUACAUACCAGGAGAGAAGACCCCGAUGUUGGAGGAUGGAGACGAAGGAGGAGUGAAGCAGUGGCACCUGGUGAAGGCCGGUGAGGAGGCGGAGCUACCCAAACACAGACGGGGCAGUCUGAGAGACAAAGAGCGUGAGAGAGCCAAGGCCAUCCCAGAGAUCUACCUCACACGCCUGCUGUCUGUGAAGGGUACACUGCAGAAGUUCGUAGACGAUCUGUUCACUGUGAUCCUGAGCACCAGUCAGCCGGUUCCUCUGGCUGUCAAAUAUUUCUUUGAUCUGUUGGAUGACCAGGCUGCACAGCACAACAUUACAGACCCAGAGACAAUCCAUAUAUGGAAAACAAACAGCUUGCCACUGAGAUUCUGGAUUAAUAUCUUGAAGAACCCUCAGUUCAUCUUCGAUGUUCAGGCCUCUGACAAUGUAGAUGCAGUGCUGUCAGUCAUUGCUCAGACCUUCAUGGACUCCUGCACUAUCGCCGACCACAAACUGGGCAGGGAUUCCCCAAUCAACAAGCUCCUGUACGCUCGAGACAUCCCACGCUACAAACAAAUGGUGGAGAGAUAUUAUUCAGAUAUAAGACAGACCAUCCCUGUUAGUGACCAAGAGAUGAACUCUUCUCUAGCUGAACUCUCUAGGAACUACUCUAAUGAAGUUAACCAUCUAGUGGCAUUGCAUGAGUUGUACAAGUAUAUCAACAAAUACUAUGAUCAGAUCAUCACAGCUUUAGAGGAGGACUCCACUGCUCAAAAGAUGCAGCUGGGCUACAGACUCCAACAGAUUGCUGCAGCUGUGGAGAAUAAAGUCACUGACCUUUGACCUGUAACCUCAGACAGACACUUGAAAAGACUGUAAAAGAGACAAAGCCGGUGACAGAAAGAGACCAGAGACCUUGCCAAAAGACAUGAACUCUUACUUCCUGAAGACUCCAGAGCACAGAGGAUAUUUAAGACGGAUGAUUACGAUUAAAGACAGCAUUCACAGAUUCGAGAAGCGUGAAUCUCUCAUAGAUGUUACACGUACACUGUUGCUGGUCUGUAGAGCUGCUCUCGGUUUAAUCUGAACAGCAGUCACUCACCAACACGCUACAGUGCCUGUGAAACUAACUGUUGUUGGCGGGGCAUUUCUGAGAGAAGUCCCUUAUCUGAUGCGCUAGUCCUCCAGGGUUUUUUGCAUUGAGACGUACGGCCCUAAGCAAAGAAUGUUGUUUUCAGCGUGUCAAGCAUGCUUGAACACCACAUUUUCUGUAUUUAAAAAAGAAGUCUUACAAAGGCCGACUUACUGUUUGGCGGAUUCUUGAUAAACUGCUUAUCCAUGCAUUUGGUGUGAUGUGCUUUAUGUUGCAGCCUGUGACUUAAUAAAAGAACUCAAAAGAAAAAAAACAAACAAAGGAUGGCUUCUAAGGACAACUAAAUGACAAUUCUUGCUCAACACUCCCAUAGACCUUUUGUUAAGUGUUCUCUUGAAAACUGUUUUUAUCCAGAUUUUUGUUUUGCUUUAAAUGAAAAACACUGGUUUAAGGGACCUCACCCUAACAGGGCCAUUUGAGAUAUUUUCAUGUGGCACAGGCUACAGUAUUAUAUACAUUAACAUGCAUGGAUACUCACCGUGAAUUCAGAGAUUUUAGGUUGGCACAUGCAUGUCGCGUGUGCAUUUUAUUGUCGAUUCUGAUUAUGUAAAUGGCAGGUUAACCCAAUUAACACACUUGAUUUAGGUUAACAGGUUUCAUGUAACGUUCACAAUGCUCAGUUGUGCAUUUGUUCUAGUCAUUAAGGUUUGUUUCUUCAGUGUUAAAGUGUGCUUUUCAAUGUUUUUGGUUGGCUUUCAGUAAAAG